UUCUUCUGUUGACUCGAAAUAAACUGCCCUAGGAAGUUUAGGAGAACGGCGGAGAUCGAGGUUGUGAGGUGCCUGGUUUCUGAUCGAAGCAGGAAAGUUGGGCUGCUAGGAUGGCGAAUCCUUUGUCGCUGGCUUAUAACUUAGCAAAGGAUGCUGCGAAUAUAAUUGAGAGGGGUAUGAAUCAUGGAAGAACAGUCAGGAACUUCAACGCAAAGAUGGAUCUAGUGAUCUCAAAGCUUGACAGUAUCGAAGAACACCUCCGCAAGACGGCGUCGGAUUCAUCCUCAGCCAAGGACAUCGAGGUUUUGCAGGGGAUCAGGGUGGAAAUCCAAGAAGCUCGGGACAGAUACUCCAAAAUUGGAUUCUGGAACUGCUGCAUGGCGCCAACUUACCAGGAAGAGCUUCAGAAUGCACACAAUGAAAUCCAAGGUUUAAUAAAUACUUGGGGUGAGUUGCUGAAGGUGGAGGCUGUAAUUGAAGGCCGAUCCCACCGACCUGGGAAUAGUACUGUCCCCAGCAAUGAUAUUCAGCGACCAACGUUUAGGAUUGAUCACGAAAAAAUGUCAUCGGAGUUUACAGUGGGACAGAGCAGUCCGUUGAUGAACGAUUUGAAGUUUAGCCUCAUGAAAGAGGGUGGACAUCAGAUCUUUAACUUGACUGGUUUAACCGGUUCGGGGAAGACCACCUUGGCCCAGCAGCUCUGUCAUGAUAUUGAUAUUCGAGCGACAAUAUCCUGUUUGUGCCCGUAGGCUCGAAGAUUGAAAGCGAUGAAGAUCUGGCUAAUCAAGUGGAAUACGAAUUGCGUGAAAAUGGGAGCAAUGCUGUGUUGCUGGUGCUGGAUGAUGUUGAGCCUGGCUCGGAAGUUGUAAUGCAGUGGAGUGAUAAGAUAUCAUCAAAUAAUACCAAAUCCAAGAUUUUGGUCACUUCAAGAUUUUCCCUCCGAGGUUUGGGCAUCCCAUUGCAGAUGAGGCCAUUGCGUAAAGAUGAUGCCAUCACUCUUUUACUUCAUUUUGUUCGACCAAGUGGCGCCCCUUCCCACGCUUUCCUCCCUGACAGGGAUACUCUCCUACAGGUGGUACAAGGCUGUGGACGUCAUCCGAUGGCCAUCAAAAUAAUUGGCCGGGAUCUCCGGGGGAAGCCCAUUGAAUUCUGGCAGAAGAAGCUGAAACAAUGGUCAGAGGAAGGUCUCUCUAUUCUUCAAACUGAUACAGAGCUGCUUACUCGUCUCCAUGAUUCCUUGAGUGUUUCCGAAGAAUUUCAAAGGAUCAAAGAAUUCUUCAUGGACCUUGGCUUAUUCCCCGGGAAUAAAAUGAUCCCCGUUCCUGCCUUGUUUGACAUGUGGAUAGAACGUUACCCACAAGUUAAGAAUGACAUAUAUGCCAUGACCCACAUCCACGAUUUGACGAGCAUGAAUUUGGCUGAUAAGGUGGUUCGAAGGCGAAUUGGAAGCGACGAAGACAAUUACUACGAGAAUCACUUCAUAACUCAGCACAAUAUUCCUAGAGAGCUGGCUAACAAAUAUUCCAGCGAGCAGGGGGAUGCAUUCGAGAGGGAAAGACUAAUUAUUGAAAUAAAUGGGAACGAUCCUCCUGAAUGGUGGCAGCAAAAUCAGCCGCAGCAAAGGGUAGAUGCUCGUGUAUUAUCCAUUUUUACAGAUCAAGAGGUCACUCCAGAUUGGUACGUAAUUCAAGCGGCCCAAGCCGAGGUUCUGAUUUUAAACCUUAAGACUACCGAAUAUACGUUUCCAGGAUUCAUUAGGGAAACGAAAAAACUGAAAGUUCUCAUCGUGAUCAAUCAUGUGCACCGCUGGUUCACUAAAUUCAAAAACUUCGAGUUGAUUAUUUUUCUGCAAACGCUCAGGAGAAUCAGAUUGCAGCAGGUUUCAGUUCCUUGCCUUUGGGAAUCCAAGAACCUGCACAAGCUAACGCUUUACAUGUGUGAAGUGUACACGGCUUUUGAAAACAGUUCCAUCAAGUUCCCAAACCUGGUGGAGCUGAACAUUGAGUAUUGCAAAGAUUUGCUGAAGUUGCCUGAUGGGAUUUGCCAUAUUGAAACCUUAAAGAAGCUCAGCAUCAGUAAUUGCUCCAAGUUUACGGAACUUCCGCAGGAAAUUGGAAGGCUUAAGAAGUUGAAAUUACUAAGGAUUAGUUACUGCGCGGAGUUUGAGAAAAUACCAGAGUCGAUCACAGAGCUCGAGAGCCUAAGCUUUCUUGACAUAUCAUUCUGCCUGAACAUUAAGAAGUUACCGGACAAUAUUGGCGAGUUAAGGAGUCUAACAAAUUUUAAUAUGUCAGAUUGCUCAAUUAGUGAUCUGCCUGCAGCCUCUGUCAUGAGAUUGAAGCAUUUAAAGAAAGUGACAUGCGAUGAAUAUACAUAUCAUAUUUGGGAAGUUAUCAAGGGUCUCAUAGACUUCGAACUCAAGGUAGAGACGGCCAAAGGAAUUACCUUAAAUUGGCUGCGGAGUGACUUUGAAGGCGAUGACGAGGAUGGCAUAACCAUGAAAAUGGACAGAGAUGAUUAUUCAUGACAGGUAAAUGUACUUUUCAUUUCGGAAUAGAAGUGAUAAUAACAAAACUACAGUUUCCAUUUGCUAACAGUUUAUUUGGAUUAAUGAGAAUUUAGAUUGAAUCUUUUA